GGUGACCUAAGCAUGAAUUGCUCUAUUAAAUGUAGUUAGUACACUGUGUCUUAUUCAAAUAGUGCUUCUGUUGCUUGGAAAUUGUACUUGAACCGUAGCUUAGUGCCCCUAGGUCCCACUGUCUCCUGCAGCUUUGUAGUAGUAGAGCUUCUAGACUGGUAUCCAGAACGUCAUAGGUUCCACUCCUGUUGGGAAUACACAUACUUGGAUUUUUCAGUCUUCUUAGCAUAUUGUGCCACUGACUGAAAAAACGUCUUCUUCAUGAAACAAAGUUGUUGUACAGGACUCCACUGCAUCAGUGGUGUAGUAUGACAUGAACAGUUUUCUUGCAACUGGGCAAGUAACCUGACCACCUAAAUCCUUUCACUUAUGGCAAGAUUAUCUGUCACUCGCGCUGACUUUUAAAUCUGUGGGUGAAAUCCUGUGGUGUUACCAUUCAAGUGAAACCACUUUGGCAGAACCUUUACAUGGUACUAAUUAUUUCUAAGGAUUUUACAAAAAGAAAAUUAGAAUUUUGGGGGGAUAUUUUUCUUGGCUACUAUUUGGAGUGAGAGGGUUAAACAUCAUCACAAGGUGGAAGGUGGCUAGGUAGUUGGAGGAUAAGGGGGAUGCAUUUCUUCAGUUGGCCUUUACAGUGCGUUACUGCUUCAUUGGUUUUGGGUUUUGACCUCUCUGUCUUUAACAGGUUCAAUUAUUUUAUGUGUCUCUUAUACUAUUCAGGGUCUAACUUUUUGUAACGAAGCAGACAUACAGUUGGUGUAUGAUGUUGCUAAUUGUCUAAAUUUGGAUCUUCCCCUUUCCCAAAUGUACAUUUUAAGUGUUACUUCAUGUUAUUUUGAGGGAUUUUAAUCCUUGAAGGACACUAGGUGUUAUGUCUAUCAGCAGUGGCCAGAAAAUUUGGUUGUCAAUUAGCUAAGACAAAUACUUUAAAAUUUGAUACGCUGACUUGAAACUACAGUAUUUCAAAUUUUUAUCUAUAAGCUUAGUUAGCCUUGGCCAAGCUAAGAGCUGUUUUGUUUUUUGUCAAAUCCUCCUAAAUGUCAUGAUUGUAUUAAAUGACUGAGCUGACUCUUUUGAUAUCAUCAGGCUAAAGUUGAUGUCAACAAAGAUGGUAAUGGAGCUAAUAUUUUUGCUUAUGCAUUUGACCUCUCACGAGAAGAGACAAGUGGACAUUACUUCCACGAAUAUAUUUGGUAAGUCAUUUUACCUUUAGUUAUUUCCAUUAAAGAGGGUGUAUAACUUCUCAAUUUUUCAUGAAUAAUGAUAUUGUCAGCAGUGACAAGAAUACCACUCAUGAAUUACAGUGCGACUACUGUAACCGGGGCCACUUAGAUCACUUUGACCAAUCAGAUUACAGGAAAAUAACACUGCAUUCCAAGAAAGUUGGUUAUGGGUCAAUCAGCAGCUUGUAAAGGAACAAGAAGUUACUAGGAGCACAAAAUUUGUCAUUGAACACUGAUAGCAAACAUUUUUCAAGAAAGCAAAAUGUCACCCAACAAUGUUUGUGUUAAAAUCUGUUUAAACCCAUCAACAAUAGAUGGGUGUGGGGAAGGUGCCUGAAGAAGUGGAAGGGGGCCGCAAGCGAUCUUAGAAGGUAACCAUGACAACCAUGAGAGCAGCACCCACCAGGCACCGUCACACUGAGAACCUCAGUGGAAAGAGGCGCAGAUACUUACCAAAACAGCAUCCAAAGAGGAGGGAGGAUUGGGGGCAAAAAACAACUGUAACUACUGCACGCAAAAGCAACGUGAGCAAAAUGAUUCACUCCUGCGAAAGCACUGUAAAAUCACUAAGGCCCUGCUAAACCCAGUAAAAAUUUCACCAGGUUUACGUAAACUUCAUUAAGACGUUUGGGCCAAACAUAGGAAAAUUGUGCUUUUAUAAGUAAUAUUAAACUCGAAAAUAAAUUUGUAAAAGGUGAAGCAAGAGUGCCUGGCCGGGCGACCAGGAAUUUUUUUUCGGUCGCCCGAAGCUAAAUGUUAGUCGCCUCAGGCGACCGGGGCCAUUAGAGCACAGCCUUGAAAGGGCAAAAAUGUCAUACAUGCAUGACAUCCUGUGCAGGGCUGUCAAAAAGUUUUUAAGUAGCAGGCCAAUAAUGAAUAGUAGGCGGCUCUGGAACAUGCACUAAAGGCACAAGUUCUUGAGGGCCCCGGCACCUAGGGAUAUUUUGAGAAUUAGAGCAUCGAAAAUGGUGUUUCCAGAGGUUUUCAAGUGGUAUUCCACUGCGAAUGCCAGGUUGUGUCAUCAGAAUACACGCAAGACUCGGAACAAUGCCAUUGAAAUGUCCCAGGCUUUCAAAGACAUUGCACAGUUUGAACGUUUUACAUAUCUAAACCUGUUAGAAUAUGCGUUCAAUGUCAUUCAAAUCUGAGAAACAGAUGCUUUAUUAUUUUAUUCGAUAGUGCUUAUUUUUUGUCAGCAGUUCUGGUAGAAGGAGAUGAAAGUAGCCGGUUAAAGAGGGUUGACUAGCCAGCGGUUUUGGCCGACUAUCGGCCCUUAUUGACAGCCCUCCUGUUGCAACCUUUUGUUGAUGCUUCCAACCCACAAUGUACAUGUAUUAUGCCUGGAGCCCAUAACGUGACACAUGCAACUCCCAUACUUACGCUGUAGCCUAUAGUACAUGACACGGCAUGGUGUUUUCACAGAUCAGUAUUUUUUCAGUGUCGUUUAUUUAUCAUUUUUAACUCGUGGGUACGCGCGAGCGUACCACGAGUUAUUGCAGGGACAGGAAUAUGCAAAUGAGUCACUCGCUCACUCGUAGUAGAUGACUUUGUAAUUAAUCGGGUCCGAACUCGAGAGCGCGAAGAUCUAUCGUUUCCAAAGAAGCACGCGCUCGCCGAAGUUCGGUGACAUCAAAUUCCUCGCUGAGAGCGUGCAUCGUGCGCUACCGCGCUGGCUUGAUCUCCUACCUUGUAGUAAUGUAGUAGGUUAUAUGUAUGAAUGAAUGUAUGGUAAAUAAAGGCACUUCUUCUUCUUCUUUAUAAGGACUCCCCAAGAUCACCAGGGGGAAAUGGAUGUGAUUUUGAGCAUUAGCUUUAAAAUAACAGCGGAAAUCGAGAUAACAAAACGUAAGCUUAUGUUUUGCGUCCUACUUCGCGGAGGAGUUGUGUCGGCUUUGUAUUGCAUGUGUUCUUUCAUUUUGCCAUGAAAUGUGUUUACAUUGUUUUUUUACUGUCAGUAGCUUGGUUUCAAUUAGCCUUAAUUUCAUCCGAUUGCUUCGAGUCGUUUUUUCAAUCGGUUAAGUAUGGCUCGAUCGUUUGCCGGCGGAAGUUCCAUGGAAAAGGCAUUAAAUAUGAGACUUUUCACAAGUUCUUGUGAUCAUCCUUAAUGGCGUAGUGGCUAUGUGAGGUCGGGUCAACUUGAAGGUACCGGGUUCAAAUUCUGCUAACGACCUUCUUUUUCCCGUCUUCCUUUUUUUUUCCUUUUUGUUUUGUUUUGUUUGCUUAUUUGUUUUGCUGUUUUUUUUUUGUUUUUUUGUUUUUAAAUAUAUACCUAAAUAACUGUCAAUAAAGUGCAAUAAACAGCAAGAAAAGUAUUGUGUUUCCAGAACAAGGAUAGUAUAUGUAUAAUCUGAAUUUCUAUCAUUUCCUAAAAUUUACUGUGGGAAAACCACAGGUGAUAUCUAAUUGAUUAUUUUCUAAACAACGUACCCACGAGUUGACGAUAGUCUUUCUUUGAUUUAUUGGUGUUAUUUACCCCAGUAAAAAUAUAGGCGUGAUCACACCGUGAUCACGGGCGUGAUCACAAGGUGUGAUCUUGCCGUGAUCACGCGUAAAAACUUUUUACGCGUGAUCAAGGCGUGAUCACACUGUGAUAAUAGCGUGAUCACAGAAAAUAGUGUGAUCACGGACAGACAAAUUUUUAGGCGUGAUCAUGAGUGUGAUGAUACUGUGAUCACGGUCAGGAAUUUGCAUCACCCCUUGAAAUCACGGUAACAGACGAAAAGCAAAUUACUUAUUAGGACAAAUUUGGACACCCGAUUUUUCGAAAUUUCCGGGGUUUUUUGCCCCCUAGUUAUUACUUAAACCAAAACAAACUGGUUCCCGCAAAGUGCAAAUGUUAAAAGCCACAUCCCUUACAUGCGGCGUCAUUCAUUACAAAGCAGGCUUAAAACAGUGGUUUAAUUUUAAUAACGCUUCAAAAAUUACAAAAUUACUCCAUGUAAAUGUUACGCACGCUUAAGUAAACAUUAAAUCGUAAUUUUUCACACAGGCAGCUAUAACGCCUUAAUUACUGGCUAACCAAUGUUCUUUAACUAUGGAUAAGAUAUUUAAGAUUUACUGCUCUUAUCAAAUAAUGUGUAAACACAUUCGUAAUGUUAUAAACGAUAUAAGUCCUCUAAAUGGUUCUUUAAACUUAUCCUCAGCAGUGGUGCAGGUUUUUUUUUUAAUCCUUGCUGGUGUUAACCCCUGCCCACACAAAACACCUGUUGUUUCUCACCAUUCUACAUUUCUCAUCUAUAGAUUUUUUAAUCUCUGUCCACUUGAGAUUUUCGUCAGCAGGGAACGACAUCUCUGUACAUUCCCUCACUGCUGCCAUUCGGUUUGGGUCCAGUUUGAGAAGUUUAUCACCCUUGCCUUCAACGCUGCCCAGCUUUGCUUCUUCCCUGCUGAAGACAAGUUCGAAAAGUUUAAGGGCGAAUCGUUUUGGGCUGCUCUUUGCGAUUUGGUCCACGUUUUUCUUUGCCACGUACACUCCACGGCUUGGGGAACCAAUUAGCAUUGUGGACUCUCUCUCAUUAGAUGGCUUUUGCAAUUGGUUUAGGCUCUUUUGUGGUUGUGAAGUCGUCAAAGGUGAAACUGGGCUGUUUGAGGCAGAAGCUUUUGGUGAAAUAGAGACUGAGGGACUUGGUGUUAAUUCAACAUUUGACAGCUGGUCCUCAAAACUGAUGUCUGCAUUGUCCACUGCUUUGUAGUAUCUCUUUUUACAGGCUUUACAUUGCUCAAAUUUCCUUACAGCAUCAGUGAGCUUAUGAAGCUUAGCUGUCAUCUCAGACACUUGGUGGAGGAUUUUGUCCACUUUUUCUUCCAGGUCAUUGUCAAAUUUUCCAGUUCCUAAACCUAACGAAUAAUGGGGGAAAAAUAUGGUCAUUCAUGCUUUGAGUUCAUUGCGGGCAAAUUCAAGAACAGUGUGUCGGGAAUCGCACCCGUAUUUGUAGAAAUCCACGACAAUGCACUUGAUGUAGCUUUAUUCACAAAACCCUAAAGUCACAGUUUUCGCAACUCACUCACUCACAGAUAUUUUCGGCACAACAACUUGGUUGAGAUAGCGUGAUCUUUUAUAAAGUGACUGACAUUUAGUAUUAUUUUGAUGAUACCAAUUAAGAAAACAAAACAUCCUAUCAGUUGUCACGGUUCACUUUGUGACAGUUCCUUGAACUUAAUAGUUUUCCUGUGAUGAAAAUGUCUUCAAAUUAAACAGUUACUAGCCCUGUUACUAGUUGUGAUCUUGCAGUCGACGUUUAUAGCACAGCCUCCUUGUAAUUAUUUUUUGGGAACAACUUUUGUCAAUUAUUUGUAGUUUGAAAGGAUAAAAAUCUCGUGUGUUAUAAUGUCAGUGUAUUCUGUCAACAUAUUUGUGACAAUAUGGUACAUUUUUUCGCAUUGUCAUGUCAUUUAGACUGAAGUGAGGUGCGACAGACUCACUUCUGCCGCAUGGGAACGCUCAAGAAAGACAAUCAUAUGCCUAUGUAUUUUAGAAAAUCUGAAUUUCUGACAAGCGUAGAAUGACGACAAUCAAAGGUAAGUACAAAAACUGAAAUUUUGUCAUUUGUGGACGGCAUAAAAAUCUUGUGAAUCACUGGUAUCGAUGUGCCAACUGCCAUGAUAUACAAGUUUGUCACGAGAAAAAAAGUAAAAAAGGCAAUUUUAGACUAAAAUAUAGAAUUAAUAUAAGGUAUCAAAUUUUCUGAAAAUAAUUAUUUACACUUUAGGCAAGGAGUUAAGUUAAUUUAACUUACCCUCUUUUUCUAGACUUGACUGAUCGCUUGGCUGAAAGUCGUUGUUAACAUCAACUUCGACUUUAGCUGCAAAUUCGCUAUCCAGGGUAACAGGGACGGUGGUCUUACUGAACUCUGAAAAAACAAGUCAAAACAAUUCAAUUAAUCAUGUCUUAUAGAAUUGCAAUAGCAUUUCUAACAAAUGACAUAAAAUCGCGUUUUACUUUGCAAAGUUCGUCCAAUGAAUAGACCUGAUUCCACCUGUAGGCAUGAAAUAUUUACGUACGGCAAGUUAUCAGCUUUUGUAUUGACAUGUUUGCUGCUGACAAUGAAGAAUACAAAUGGUAGAGUAAGUGUCUUUCAGACUCAGCCGGCUUGGUCAUUCACGCAAAACAAAACAAGAACAGAAACAAAAUUCAUUUCAGUUCGUUGUGUUUUUAUUAUUGUUUAAUAUACAGUUACUUACCUUUUGAGGGCUCAAGUACUUCAAAUAUGGCCACCAGGUCAUCGGUUGACCAGUCAUCACAUAUUCGACCAUGUUCUUCCAUUUUCCAUUCUUGUCCUUUAAUAACCAGGAGUUGAUUGUCAGAUGGAAUUCGCGUCGUCUUUGCUAUUAGGUUUUUUAAGGUCUUGAAUGUGGUUUCCGGCUCCACAGAAAGAUUGAAUUCAACGGGUUUGUCCGUUUCAUUUCCAUGUAGGAGAAGCUUCAUGCCAAGGGAAACCGUCUUGCCAAUGUUAAUAGACUGGUUCUCUGCAAUUUCAGAUCUCGCUUUCUUUUGGGCUGCAUUACUUAAGCCUUUGUCUUCGUUUUCCUUGUCUUUCUUCGCCUUAUGUUUUCUCUUCUCCUCAGAUCUUGACUCUUCUCGGUUUUGGCGGGAAAUACGGUUGGUUAUUUGCUUCUUGGCCGCCUUCGAGGAAAGCGCCUUCUUUUGCCAAUUGGCAAGAACGGCUUUUUCUUCAGCUUCUUGGUCAAAUGACUCUGAAUCGGACUCAGUCAUUUGAAGAUCUUCUGCGUGAACAUUUUUCAAUGAAAAUUCGCGAAAUUCAGGCCGUGGUUUUUUCGCUGUUGGCUGCUCUGUAAGAUCUUCAAAGUCAUAGUCAUCAAAUUUCUGAGGUUUCUUUCGUCUCCGUUCCGAUUUAUUGCUGAUCUCGGCCUUUUCACGCGAUUUCUUAAGGCGGUCAAUAAAUUCGCUACACUCUUUCUUUGUGCCCUUUUUAAGGUUUUUUGCCGUAAAAUAGGCCUCUGUAAGCUCCCCAUUUUCAUCCACAACUUUCCAUAGAACCCGGGUAGAGCCAUUUUCUUCCUUAACCUUGCUUUCUGGCACAAUGUGAGGCCCUCGCGACUUAGCAUCCUCUAAUGGAAAUUCUACUGCGUAAAAAACUGCCAUGAUUCUACAACCGCCUAAUCAAAAGACUCAGCAAUUACCACUGAAAGAUUUAGGUGAACACCAAGAGCUCGCCAACUGACCUUGAGAAGAUUUCAAAUGUCCCGCUUUGAAUUCAAUUGACCUGUCACUGGAGAAUGGGAAAAAUGAUAUUGAAAGAGCAGGGAUUGGUUACAAGUCGGUGAAUGUCACGAUCCUCUCUAUGGUCUAGUCACAUACUGAAACAUCAGCGCUGUACAUUAAACGUUUUUUGAGGUCAAACUGAGAAUAAGUAAAAAUAUUUUGUCCCUUAAAGGGAAAAGCUACAAGCUCAGAUAGUGGAUGUGAUUUCUUUUUAUUUGCGUGAGUCAUCAUGAAUCAAAACAUUCCUCGUAUUAAUUUUUUUUCCGGUUGAAAUGACUUUGAUGACAGAUAAGUAUAAAACAGCACGCAAAUUCGUUAACGUAGACUUGUUUCGAUCAGCUUUUUUUAACACGCUGAGUACAGUUUUGAUAAACACAUCGAAAUCACAUUACCUUUAAGUCAAAGCAGAUUGGAUAUGAUGUCUCAACCAUUACAAAUACGUUUUUUCUUUGCGUCAUUUACCAUCCGAUACUCAAGAAUCCCAUUCCUUCCAAGAUGAUAGAUAAGUUUUUAAUCUUUUGCGGCACCGACCGAAUGCCUGAUGUAAAGGAUUUUAUCAGGUAUUGCAGUGAUAUUUUGCUUCAAAGUAUGGAUAACCUCGACAGUUCUUCAAGCAGCGAGAAAACAUAUUCAAGUUCUGAUGACGAAAAUGAAAACCCAGGAUAUGGGGAAAGCAAAGUCAAAGAACCGAAACAAAAAUCUAGACAGCUUCGGUAUUAUCACAGAAAGAAUGAGGGCAAGAUGAAAAGGAAAUAUACACCUUUCAGAGAUCAAAAAAAUCCCAGUAGGCAACUAAAGAAAUAUCAUAAAGAUGUCGAAGCCGCCUGCAGCACUCUACCAGUUUCACCGAUGGACACUGCUGAAUCAGUGGAAAUAAUGAGUGAUACAGACAUAAAUGAAGAAAUGAAGAUCGGCAUGACUGAGGAAAUUCAGGAUGUCCCAAAUGUGAUUUCUUCUGAUAACUUCGAAGAUGAAGCUGCCCUCAAUACCACUUCUUCAUCAGAGGAGGAAAGUGAAACAUCAUCUUCAGGUAGUGAAGAUCGUUUUUCCCAAAGUGAACAGGAGGAGAUGGAAGGGAUGGGCCGUGAACCAGCAAAUUUGAACAAAACUGCGCUUCGUGACGAGGAAAUGCCACUUUAUCAAGGCAGCGCAAUAUCAAAAAUUUUAUCAUGUGUGCUAGUUGUAAGCUUUGUUUUAAAGCACAAUUUAAGUGCAGCAGCCUGGGCAGAUCUCCUUCGCCUGCUAACCGCCUUUCUUGGAGACCGAUGUAGACAAACAUUUCAGUCAGUGUACAAAAUGAAACUGAUCAUGAAAGAAUACUUUGGCUCCAAGGAACCAACAAAGAUAAAUUACUGCACUAACUGUUUACAGGCUGUUGAAGACAAGUGCCCAAAUACCAAAUGCUCCAAGGCAGGAAUGUCGAGUUUUCUAGAUUUGCAUUUAGAAGAAAAGAUCAAAGACCUUUUUAGAGAUUCUGAAUUUAUGAACUUAUUAAAGAAAGGAAAAGAGCAGGUAAAGCGUGCAGCUAGCUGUAGUAGAAUUCAUGACAUAUACCAUGGACUUGACUACAAGAAUUUCAUACAUCCUGGGGGCUUUCUCUCACAAUUGUACAAUAUUUCGUUUACAGUUAACACUGAUGGAGUAAACAAAUAUUCGUCUUCUAGGGCAGGUCAUUUGUGGCCGGUUUACAUCAUGAUCAACGAACUCCCUAAAGAAUACCGAUUCAAAAGAAAGUUCAUUAUUCCUGCCUACAUCUAUUGCGACAAACACGAUCCAAACAUGUUGACAUUUCUCAACCCUUUGAUUGAAAAGCUCAAUGUUCUCAAUUCGACUGGAAUACAUGUAUCGGACAGUGCAGAUGGAGAUAUCAACGUCCGAUGUAUGUUAUUUCUAGCAACAGCCGACUUACCUGCACGAGCUGACUUGAUGAAUAUGAAACGUUUUAAUGGAAAAUGCGCUUGCCAUCUUUGCAAGUCAGAAGGAGUUGGCUACGGACCAAACAACAUCCAUAGAUACUGGCCAUUUGAACAAAGCCCCAUAAAAAGGACUCAUGAAGAUCAGUUAAAAUUUGCAUCAAAGGCCACAAUUAAGCAAGCGGUGAUGGGAGUCAAGGGGCAUAGCAUUUUCGCAAAGCUUUCGUAUCCGUUUGAUUUGGUGCGUUCAUUUGCAAUUGAUUGGAUGCACUCCGUUUGUCUUGGAGUCGUAAAGUACAUUAUGCAUCUACAAACGUCUGAUGGAAACAAGGACAAAGUCUUUUUUAUAGGGGCAAAGACUCUGUCUAUGUCCCAUAAGCUUCUUUCGAUAAAGCCGCCAGACAUUGUUGGGAGAUUGCCCAGAUCAUUAGAAGAUCUUAAACACUGGAAAGCCACAGAACUUAAAAACUGGCUACUGCAUUAUUCUGUGCCAGUGUUGUACAAAAUCUUAAAUCCUCUGUACAUUUUUCACUGGUCUCUUCUUGUCGGAGCAACUGGAAUCUUGUGUUCUGAUUCAAUAUCGAACACAGAUCUCAAAGAGGCAGACGGCAUGCUACAAGACUUUGUUCUUUUAAUGGGAAUACUCUAUGGGCCAACAAGAUGCACCAUGAAUGUCCAUUUAUUGCAACAUUUAGCUUAUUAUGUUUCACGUCGAGGACCUCUAUGGGCAUACAGUUGCUUUGCCUUUGAAAGCAUGAAUGCUUUUAUCAAACCACUAGUUCAUGGAACGCAUCACGCUAUGGAGCAAAUUGGAUGUGCAAUUGGUCUUUGCUUCGGCCUUUCUAAUUUUACGAAAAAGAUUCUACAGCACAAUGACAUUCCUAGGGACAGCAAAAUGUUGUUGCGAAGUCUUACUGGUUAUUCUAAAAGUUCUAACAAAGUGUCUGUUAAAGUACAUGGGGGUUACUUAAGUGGAAAAGAAAGAAGAAAGUUGAUUGACAACAACAACCUGACCUUGGUACGGAUCUUUGUAAUAGCAAACAAGUUACCCGCAGAUUAUGAACUUGAACCAUAUCGCAGAUUUGAGAGUGAUGACGGACAAAAGUUUUUUUCUUUGGGCACGAAAACACGCAAAACUGACUCAACUGUAAUUGAAUAUUUUGACAGAAACAAUACGCUUUGUUAUGGCAGAGUGACACACUUUUUAAAGAUACACGAUUUUGGACUUUGUGUUGUCAAUGAACUGGAAGAAAACUCUGAACCAUUACUAUUUUUUAAUGAACGUGACUGCAUUGAAACCCUACAGUCUUUAACUGAUGAUAAGCAGAACAAAGAUAUCGUGCGUGACAUUUUGAGAAAGUAUCGCAAUAGAUGCCUUGUGAAACAUCACGUGCACAUCAAACCAAGGUCCGGAAGGGCAUUUGUGAUAUCUGUUCAGCAGAUAAGACGUAAAUGUGUCUUUAUUGAUAUUCUUCCCAACAAUGCGUUGAUGAUUUCUCGUUUUCCCAAUGUAAAUGAACAUAACUAAAACUGUGCAAAUAUUGAUUUUCUGGUAAGUCGUUACUGUUUUUAUUUGCCAGAUGAGUGCUAAGAUAUGCUGCUACGUGGUGUUGUUUUUUUAAAUAAAGUUUGCAAAUUAUUUUUACACUGAAAUGUGAAGUUAGCUCCCCUCUUUGGUUAUCGUAAAGAAGUGAAACUUCAACUCUGUUCCUCUUUGAACUAAAACUUUGUUAUUUAAUUUUGCCCGUACCAAAGUUUGUUUUUUGAUUUCAUCGGUUAUAUCUCCGUUACUCAGGCGGUUUCAUGAGCAUCCCAUCACAGUCAGCCUGUUCACUGCAUUGUCUUAAAUUCAGCACAUAAUGGGCUCCAGGUGAUAAAUUCAUACAUAAUGGAAAUCAAAAUUCAAAAUUUGGGGUUUUAGUUGAACAGCUUUACCCAUUCUAUCCAUUCUGUCAAUAAAUGGCGCAUUAACUCGUAAACAGGUCUAUGCGAUUAACCGCGGCAUAUAAAUUGCUGAAACAUUUACUUUCAGUCUCUCUUAGAGUGAUAAGCAGUCCGAUCAAUUAAGACCGUGAUACGUGAUCACGCCUUCACUGAUGAAAAAGGAGUGAUCACGGGUGUGAUCACUCUAAUCACGCAUUUAUCACGCCUUCCUUUUUUGUGAUCACGCUAAAAGGAGUGAUCACACCCGUGAUCACGGGCGUGAUUUGUGAUCACUCUGUGAUCACAAAAUAUUUUUACUGGGGUAUUCACACACUUUUUCACAAAAAUAUGGGAUGGUUUUGUCCGCCUGUUGGAAAAGCUAAUCAGGGUACAUGCAGUGCUCGACUUUCAGAAAAAAAUUUUGGGGCCAGCUGGCCCCCAAGUUUUCAUUUUUGGUCGCCAGAACAAGUCUUCUAGUCGCCAAAUACUAUAUUUAAGAACUAAUGGAAUACAAUAAACUUAACAUCUUUUACUUAGCCUUAACAGAAAAAGAAUGCUUUAGACUUCCUGUGAACUUUCUUUCGAACGGUUUUCGCUCGAGGCUCGAUUACCAGCCGUUGAACCCGUACUCAGGCGUAAAUCUCCUCAAACAGGUAUUAAAGCAAUGGAAUACACAUUUAGAUAAACAAACUCUAGGAAUAAACAAAAACUUAUUUGAGUUAUUCAAGAACAAAAUCUGCAAAAUUUGUUUUGCGUCCCAUGUAUUUGCACGUUCAGAAAUGAACAUCGGUGAAACUUGAUCUAUUUCGCGGUUGUGUAGCACGUGAUCGAAAGUCUCUUGAAAGAGGAAACGCCGCUAAUGUUUUCGGGCAAAAAAGUUGAUUUCGCGAGAAGUCUGUUAGACAUUCAGCAUGAAUUCAACGGUACUUCAUUACAAGUCAGUAAAAUACGGCAGAGCUUUUAUUUGGGUCGUCACGCUCAACAGAAAGUUGUUUACAAGAAGCUCGAGAAAUAACUGAGCGCCGUUGGCUCUCGAUUAGCUUAAGCUUUAUCAGACUAAUCUGCUAUCGAGUCCGAAAAUCGAGAAACAUGUUCGACAUAUUAAGAAACUGUUUUAAAUCGAUGCGCUGAAAGUCAUUCCCGGAGAAACACGGGACGACCUGUUGAGAAUUGCGAUCGAUUUGCCCGAAAGUCGAUAAGACCUCCGUCGAAUUCAGCACUUGGGAUUUUCACAAUCCUCUUUCAAGUAAAAGUCAAGUGUUAGACGGACCAUCUGUUAGAUCAUAAGAACAAUCCUUUAGAGUGUUGGAAAAAAUCGUUAAAGCGUCUAAACAAAUCGUUAAAACGCCUUUUAAACGAACCGUUAAAGCGUUUGGGCAAAAGGUUAGAGCGUUAGAAAAACCGUUAACUAUCCGUUAGUUUUGUAAAGGAUAACAAAUUAUCAUUAGUGUACGUUUUCCCAAAGAAGAAAGUCACCUAUCUCGGAGGCCAGGUUGGCGACCAGGCGUGAAAAUUUAGUCGCCACUGCGUAAAAGCUGGUCGCAUUGGCGACCCCACAGGUCGCAACGUCGAGCCCUGACAUGGGUGGAGAUUUCUGGGUUACAGCAGUCAUUAGUGAAGAAUAUUAUACUUACUCAUCUUUUUUAUACAAACAAUGGAAUUUUUGACCUGGCAAUAACGAAAAGGGAAGCACUGCUUUAUUUUAUCAUAUGAAGUAUAAUUAUGAAAAAAAGAAAGAAAAUGCCCUUUAAGCAUCAGAAUUACUAUUUUGUGAUCUUGAGUUAUUGCUGAUCGGAAUUUGUGGGAAAAUAAAUCUAAAAAUGACUUUGUGUUAGCCUGUGUUAGUGCAUUAUAUAGGUCACUAUAAAACAUUAUAAACCUUUUGAAGUAUACAGAUGAAAUCAUGGCAUACAAAGCCAACUACUCACAGAAAUCACUGUGGUAGUUCUCUUUAGCGACUGUCAAAGUAAUUUUAAUGUUGAGGUUAACGUCCCUGCAAUGGACUGUCUUCCCAUAAAGGGGAAAUCCUGGGGGAUGGGUACUUAACAGAGUUUUGCAGGAGAGGCUCCAGUAUGUUGAGCCACUUGGUUUGAAUGUAGAUUUUACCUUUUUAACUUUCGAAAAUGUUACCUUUAAUUAUUCUAGAUAUUGAUUAUUUUUAAGUGACUAAACCAAUGUGUUGUUCCGUUUGUCAGGGAAAGACAUUGUGGUGGAGUAGCUCCUGGUUUUAGAGUUUGUCACAAGAAUGGUGUUACAGUGGGUAAGUAUAAAAUACAUACAAAAAUUACCUUGUGAGAAUUAAUUACUUAAUUUAUUUCACACAUAGAGUUACUGUAGGUUUUCGAGAAAAUAACAUACUGCAUACAAAAACAACAACUGUACAACAACCUUUAUAAAUUUACAUGUUUUGAUAGCCAUAGCCAUAGACAUGGACAUAGUUUAUUUUGCCACAAGGAGGACAGGAGUCGCUACUUGUUAAAAUGCUCUCGUGAAAAAAUACAAAAGAAAUAUGUUGUUAAAAGGAAUAAUUUCAAAUAUUUACAAACUGUCAGAAUUAUUAUUUACAUAUUAAAAAUUUCAAUUAUUCUUCAUUGUGUAAAAGGAUCUAAAAAUAAUUAUAUAAAAUACAUUAGUAACAAUUAAAAAUUAUUGACACAAUUAAGGGUGUAGCAAAGUGGCCAAAAAUGCAUGAUAAAAAAUUAAAUUUGAUUCUAAAAAUAAAGCAAAAUAUCUAAAGAUAAUUAUUUUAAGAGCACAUUUUGCCUCUGUCAAUUCAUUCAACUCUGGUUGUUUCUUUGAAAUAUAUAUUUUUUUCUGAAACGAUGGACAUACCCAUUGUCUGCCACUGGGGGCAUUUUGAGGGUGAUGUCUGUGUUUUGGUAUCUAUCCUAAUCAACAGUUUGCUAUUAACAUGCAUGGCAUAUGGUAUACACUUUAUGUAUCCAACUUCGUUUGGACUUACAUGUAGUACAUGUCCUUUUUUUUACAUGUUAUUUUUCAGAUAACCGAUUGAAUAAUUUGUGUAUAGUGCCUUCUGCAAAUGAAAAUUCCAAUGUACAGUUAAAGUGUUCUGAAAGGUUUGAUCUUUGUUUAUUUUAUUAUCUUCUGUAUUUCAUCUCCUCUUGGAUUGGUUGACAGUGCUAGUGCCAUGGGUUUAGUCAGCCUCAGAUAACAUACAAGGGUUUUUUUUUCCUUCCAGAAAUAACAACUGUGGAAGUGAACCAAGAGAAGACCAAAGGCUUUAUUGGAUGGCUGUGUCCAGAUUGCCACCAUUUGAUGCAGAACAUGAGGUAUUUCUUACAACAUUUUUUAAACGGUUUUCCCAUGGGCAUUUAAAGUGUUUCCAGCUUACCAUCGGAUUUAUUAUCUUCCCCAGCCCUCCCCCAAUGAAACCUGAUUCUGGGCACUGAUGGGGAAAAUAGCUAAGGAAAAAAAGAGGGGUGACAAAAUAAUUUGUCAUGUGGCUAAAUGUAAUUUAGGCACGGUUAAACACGAGGCAAUGCUGCUGGCCACAGGUCUCCACCACUAAUCGUAUUUUGGGCAGUCUUGGUCUUAUAUUAUUUGCAGGGCUUUAGUAAUUUUACAGCUCUUUCACAGAAGUCAAUCAUUUUUCUUGCGUUGCCUUCGUGUGCAGUAGCUUUAUCCUUUUUGGUUGUAUGUCUUAGUUGGUAAGUAUUUGCACAUUUCUCUACUGAGGUUCUCAGUGUGAUGUUGCCUGAUUGGUGCCGCUCACAAGGUUGUCAUGGUUACCUUCUUGGCUUGCUUGUGGCUCCCCUCAGUUUCCCCAGGCACCUUCCUUCCAGUGACCCAUCAAUAAAUUUUUUAUUGUUGAUGGGUUUAAACUAGUAUGAUGCAGACCCACAGCAUGCACUUUCUCUGGUAGAGUUUUUCAAGUUAUUCUUGUUUGCUGUAGAAAAAAGUUUAGAAAUGCAGAGCUGUGAUACAAACUACACAGUACUACAGAGUGAGUUUGUUUGCAGAUAUGCUAAAUGAGCCAAUUUUGAACAAAGAAAAAAAGACAGCAAGCUUGACUUUUAAUUUUUUUGGCUUUUUUUCUUCUAAAACUAUCUGUUCCUUUUUUCUUUGCUUCCUCAUUUUUCCCCUUUUUUCUGGACUUAAGUAACAGUUUGUUCUUGUAGGUAAUUUUAGCAAAUGUUACGAUCCUAAUGUCUCUUUUUUGCCACUAAGUGAAAGCCCUUCACCUGAUGUUGUAUUGUUUUUUUGUGUGUGUGUUUUAUUUGAACAGAAUUACAUGAGCUUAAACUACAAAUAUUAUAAUGCAAAUGGAGAGCAAGUAACAGAAGAAGGUGGGGGAGGAGUCUUUUGCUACUAAUUUAGAAGUUUUUGUAAAAUCCAGUGGUACAUAUUCCAACAUUAUAAUAUUCUGGUCAAUCUUGUGAUUCUGAUGGCUGGUUUCUAUAAUUUUGUUAUUGCUAAGAUUGCUGGAAAAAAGUUAUGUGAUCACAGUAAUCUUGUGAAAAACAUUUCUUCGUGUCAAAGAAAACAUGCUUAGAUGACUGAUCAGAAGUCUUGGAAACUAGAUAUUACCUACAUGUAAAAAAUUGUCAUAAUCCUUUAUGUUUGUCAUUUUAUUCUCCCCUUUUUCAGAUGAUUCACUGUCAUUUUAUGAAUGUCAUUAUCCACCAUGUUGCAAAAUUGAAACUGAGGUAACUAUAGUGAAGCUCUAUUUUAGUCAGUCAUACUGUCUCUCUGAACAUACAUGAUUAUAUGUACUCAUCUUUAGUCAGGACACAUGAGUUCAUGGCACACACUUAUUCAUGAAGCCCAAGCUAGAUUGUUAUUUACCUUGAUAAGCACCUGCACACAUUCAUUGUCUUCUUGUUAGAGGGUCCUCUAUUCCCCUGUGCAAAAUCCUUAGACAAAAUGUGUGUAAUAAUAUUGACACUUUUCAUGUGUCACAAAUAAUUCCCUACGAUUUCUUCAGGUUCACACAGAAAUCAGGUACCAGUAGUUUGCGUUUCACAGUAAAUUGAAUAAUAAAUUUACAGGUUAGUGUUUCCUGUUGAUUAACCCUUUCACUGGCAGAGUGCUUGAUGAAGUUUUGUAAGGUGACUCUAACUUUUGAGUCUGCAGACAAGUUCAAGUUCAAGUUCAUUUAUUCACACUUAUUCAAUUACAAUACAACACGCGUUUAACUCUCCACCCGCCAUCAUGGUCGCAUGUGAUCCAGUAAAAAGGAAAUCCCAUGAUGUGACCAUUCAAGUGAAAGCUCUCUGCCUGUACUUUCACAUGGUGCUAUUUGUUUUUCAAAAUUUCACAAAAUAAAAUUUGGAAAUUUGGUUGAAAUUUGCUUUUGGCUAAAUUUGGCAGUGAAAGGGUUAAGCUGUUCACACUCUAAGGGUAAUUCGUUUUCCUUGAAAUCUCAUCCAAAUGUAAAUGGCCAAUACUUCUGGUGACCAAUAUGCCCGUAAGGCGAGUUUACAUACCACAAAUUGUCUGCCUGCCAAAGAAAAAGUUAAUUUGCAUGUUUCACAAAAAGGUAGCCCCAAUCAUGCUCAACAAUAAAAGUAUGGGGGACCAUGUUGUUUAUAUAUGAAUUCUUGAUGUUAUUUGUUUGUAGCUUCGGGAGUUCAGCAUUUGUGGACAAUGCCAACAGGUGCGAUACUGUGGUCCCCUUUGCCAGGAGGUGAGUGAAAAAAAAAAAAGAAAAAGAAAAAAUUGUAAGUUUUAAUGUAUUCCCACAGGGAAUCACUUUUACACCAGCUCGGAGCCCUGCAGAACAAAAUGUUCUGCAGAAUUUUAUUUUUUGCUAGCCAAAAUUCUGAAAACUGUUGGAAUUGUCUUCGUUAGUGAAAGGAUAUAAUAAAAAUUGAUGGUAUUGGCAAUCGCAUACAUGUAACAAAAAUAAAAAUUACUUUGUGAAGUAACGUUUGUCCCAUGUUGUUUCCUUUUUUCAGUUUUACUUCUAACUUAGAUGCCAUUUACGUAUGUUGUAGUAUAACCUUUUUUGUGUAAAAGGAGUCAAUCUAACUUCAAAGGGAAGGGGGAAGAGAAAUUUGUGAAUGUAGCUGUUGGCCAUGAUAAUUUAAAAUAAAAAGGAUGAUAAUUUUGGCAAAAUUGACUUUAAAUGUGCACAUUGUGCAAAGUUGAGGGGCCUAUGAUAAUUUAAAAAAAUUCCAGAAAAUUUUAAUGAUUACAUCCUUUCAUCGUUAGUUUCUCUCUCCAUUUUUUGUAAAAUUUCAUCCUGUAAAAAAAUGUGUUACUGACACUCAAACAGUUUUUACUGAAUACAUUCAUAAUGUUAUUUGUGGGACCCUUUACAUUAAUUUUGUACAGUUGUGUUGCAGAGAAUAAGGAAUUUUACUUGAGCACAGUGUUAGCAACAUAAUAUAGUUGCCCUGUUUUGUCACAUUAUUAUCUUGUUUUAAUGAAUAAUAAUUAUUCAUGUAUUCAUAAAUAAUAAUAAUAAAUUAUUAUUUUAGCCCAAUGGCUUAUUUAACCUGGUUUUCCCAAUUACAUUUUUCAGAGAGACUGGCCAUUGCAUAAGAAGUACUGCAAAGAAAAAGCAAAACAACGGAUUAGUUAUGAGCUUACUCCAGAACGUUAGGCAUCAAAAACCUUACCCUGCGAGCAGAGGCUACAUUUUCACUUUGUUAGCUGUUGUGGAAAAAGUAGCCUUUUCCGACAACCAUUCAAUUUUCUAUCAUGCAUGCGUGAAAUUUGUCACACGAUUCGCAAGCAAAAUUAAUCGUCAGGUCCGUCGUCAAUUGGCGCGAGUUUUGUGGGAAUAAAAAAAUUGCGACAAGAACUCUGAUCUGCUACACAAGACAAACGCAAGACUCACGCAAUGCUCUAAACUGGUCAAGAACAGGAAAAAACCUGUUUGUUUAAUAUAUUCGUCCAGAUUUCUGGACAGAUUUGAACGGUUGUCAGCAGAGGCUACUUUUCGCACACCAGCUCACACAGCGAAAAUGUAGCCUCUGCUCACAGGGUACAAAAGCCUACAACCAUUAUGUGUAAUAAAUAAUUAUUCUUGUACAGAAGAGAGUGAAAAAACUGUUAUAUUUAGGACAUAAUUAUUGUUAUUAUAGUCACAUUUUAGAUUUUUCAGACUUGUUCCCUUAGUUACUGGUAUUUCUUUCAUAACUGAAAAAGUACAGGUCUGACAUUGACUUUAUUAAUAGCCUUGAAAAAGUAGGGUUUUUUGUAAAUUAAAUAGAUAGAGUUUCCUCUUAGUUGUAUAUUAAGAUUUAUUUAAAAUAACUGUUUAUUUACAAGUUUUAUUAUUUUUUUCUGACCACAUUCAUGUUACAGAAUUGCCAUGACCUGUAUUCUUAAAAUAACCAAGGGUGGAUUUAGGGUUGGGGCCCUGGCCCCCCAACCCCCUUUAUUACACAUUACAUGUGCAAUAUGGAAUCCAGGCAUUUGCUAAAUUUAACAGUCCAGAAUGCACUAGAUUGCAUCUCACUCAGAGAAUUUCAAUCUCAAAAAUCUUUCUGGAGGAGCAUGUGCCUGUAACUCCCAAGAAAAGUGUGCCAUCCGCAGUCCUGAUGGGCACUAUUGCGCCCAUAUUGUGACUGUAUACUAUAUCUCUAGGCCCCUUCUAUCACAACAUCCUCCAUCCGCUGCUGAUAACACUGGUCUACUGGUUGUCAGGAAAUGUAUCUUCCAGAUUUUGCAGUGGAUACAUACAUGUUUGUAACCAAUUUGAAACAGAAGAAACCAUGAUCAAGGCUUCAUUGUAGCCAACUGUUUAUUUUUGCCUGUGAGUAACCUCCCCUUUCGUGCAUAUUAAUAAUAUUAUAAAAGUUAUAAUGGAUGUGCUGUCAAAUAGUGAUAAAAAAUGAGAACAUGCAAAUUUAAGAAGUGAUAACUUGUUGUAAUAUUGUACCUGAUUAAAACACGGCUGAAUUUGCAUUAAUUUCAUUUUUCUUGGACUUUGAAAUCCUAAACUGACGGAGCGGCUGGUUUAAAAUUAGUAGUCACCAGCAUAUGCACAAGUGUGAGCAUAAAGGUUUGAUAAUUCCACUGUUGCAAAGUAUUGUUCUAAAUUUAAAAUAUGUGCAUAUGCACAUAUUUUUUUCCACAUACAAUACGCAGUCACAUAAAAAUUACAGGACAGUGGAAAUCCACCCUAUUUUACACACAAGGGACCAACACAUAAACUAGUAAAAAGUUGAAACCUUGAACUCUCAUAUCUUUGCUUUGUCCAAUGCUGGUGAAUAGUCAUUUUCGCAAAAGUACCAUAUUUGGGAUUAGAAGAAAAGAUACCAGUAACUCAUUAACCAAACUUGGUGAAGGACUUGAAGCAAUUUUACUCCACAUUCAAGACACUCCAAAAAUGGGAGCUUAUGCAACAACGACAGUGACGGCUACAAAAACCUCACUUAAAAAGCGAAUUCUCGCUGCUUCAAACUUUAACGCGCUCACUAUCUCAUUCAGUGCGUCAAAUUUCAGCAAGUUAUUUUUUCUUGGGUUGAAUUCUUAAGAGUGUACCAAAGUUCAGGAAAAGAAAAAAAAAGUUGUUUUCUUGUGUUGUUUCCCCCUCCACAAAACGUGGAAUUAGGCACUUUCACAUCGUAGUUGUGCACUGAUGGCAAAGAAAUGUACAAAAAAGUGUAAUGCACAUGUAAGUUGUUGAUAAACCUCCUUUUUUGAAGCUGCAUCAAGGGUUUCCAAAAUCGUACUUAGAAAAAUGAAUAUUCACAAGCAUUGAAAUUAUAUGCCUUACACAUUUCAACCCAAUAUGAGUUUCUGAUUGUACUUUUGCUGCCUUGCAUUAUCCUGGAUAAAAUGUGUAGUCCAACCAUUCAAGUCACAAACAGAACAUUUUUUUUCCUUUUCUGUACUUUCAGUCAAUGCAAAAGUUCUUAGAUAGUUUAUAAGCUAGAAGUCCAUAUCUAGACAGUAUAAAUAGUACCAUAAUCUUUGAAUCUUGAUAAUUAUUUUGAGUUCUUCUCAAAACUGAAAAGACAAGGGCAGUAAGAAUUACAUUAUUAAUUCUCCUACUAAGUCAUAAUACAGCAUAACUACUAAGAUUUGACCAGAAAAGGUUAAACCCUCCAUGAUAUAUUGUCCUCUGUUAUCCAGUAACUUUUGUUAAUCCAGUCAAAUCUCUUCUUAGAGAAUGGCUACCUCAUGUCUCAACAACAGCCCAUUAAUUUUUUGCCCUGAAGACAUUUUACUUUCAUGUUAACCUCAAAGCAAAUGGUUCUACUUAGCUCUUUCCCUGAGGCUGUCUUGGAGAGGUUUGACCUUCUGGAAUUUAAUUUUAUACAUGAAAAAAGGACACUUGUUUCUAUUACAGCUGUUAUAAUAAUAAUCUAAAUUAAAGUUUGUUGUGAAAUAUGCAAUAUAUUAUAGCAGUAGUGGCAGAGUCUAGUUUGCUGACUAAAGUUACUGGCUAGACACUUUGAACAAGAGAAGCAAAUGUUCGUAGUAAAUAUAUAAAGGGCCGUUACCUGGAAUUAAGCCUCCAGUGACUUCUUGAUUCUACUUCCAGAGAAUUUGAUAUUUAAUGUAGUAGUCAUGUGGCAUCUUUUUCAAGCCACACCUGUUCAGUUGCACCAUUUGAGUUACAGUCAAUUAACUCUCUCACAGUGAACAAUUCCUUGUUAAUAACACAGGAUGAGUUUUGAUUUGACUUCUACAUCUGUAUUGUCUGUAAGAGUACAUUUGUUGUACGGUAGUCAAUUUUUUAUCUCAGGCAAUUUUUGUUUUUCUAAUUUGUUUUUGGGUAUCAUGUAUAUGUAUUCUAAUAAAGUUGAAACAAAGGAAAUGUAACACUUACCUGAGAUAAAAAAUUAACUACAACAUACAAAAUUAACUACAAUAUACAAGGAAAUAACUUUGUGAAAAUUAAUGGACUUUAACUGUAAGUGGAGUUGCAGAGAUCAGCCUUUUUUAAUAACAUUGCUACAGCCAGUAUACCACAAACUCUGAAAUUCAUGGUCAACCUGCUUCUUUUUUGCAGGCGAACAAAAGUGUCUCUCAAGUUUUCGCUGCACCAAAUUAAAACUGCUAUAUCAAAUAAUUGAUUCACUAGAUGCCACUCUUUUGCAGUACUUAACUCAUCAGUUAGGGUUUGGCACAUGUUUUUAUAUUUUUAUACGUUUCGAAGCAUGUUGCAUCGCUUGUCAUCUGAAAGCUUGAAUAAUUAAGCUUUAAACUCCAGUGGUAAAAUAAGCUUUUCAUUAGUUUCUAUUGCAUCACAAUGGCCUUUGGUCAUUGAAUGCAGAUUGAAUAACCGAUUGUAUAAUAAGACUGUAAACUUUUCGCGUUGAGAGUUGUUGUCACUCAUUACUGUUUUCAUUGUAUCUUUGCCUGCUGCUCUCUCUCCUUGCUCCUCACAAUUUAAAGACUGAUUGUAGCUAAGCAACUGUAAAUAAAAUCGUUGAAUUAAAUACGAGUCUUGUUUACUGUGUUGUUCAAUUCCAAGUUCAUGAUGCACCGUGAUUCCUUUUGUUGACACUGGAACUAAAAGGGCUUUCUGUGAUUCACGCACACACCUAUGAAAGUGGUUCUCAUCGAUCACAUCUCUAAGGUAACUGCAUAUGUUCACCAGCACUUCCUAACCAUCAGUUACUGCUAGUUACAUAGACACUUGGAAAUAACACUCAAGCAAGUCAUUCAUUGAACUGAUGGCCCUGAAUCCCAUUGGGAUUGGGAUGCUCAGAAUCUGAGUUGAGUAAUAUUAGUGAGGUGAGGCUUUACUCCCCUCAUGUUAUUACUCUUGCCUCACCCUCCUUCCCUCCUGAGUCCUCAGCUUUUGGGCCAAGGGAAUGGUUGCUCUUCAGACUAGAGCUGUUUUAACAACACAAGCAGGACAGUUUCUUGAAAAGGAAAAUUGGACUAGUCAUUGAA